UGAAGCCGUUACGUCAUAUCCAAUGGACGCCGAGUUCAGGUUGAAAAAAUUGAAUAAUAUUGCAAGCUUGCCAGACACUUACUUUAUUCGCGAAGUCAGUGGUCUAUAUUUGUGAAAAAUAUAGAUGUUCUAUCGCAAAUGUCGUUAUGAUAGUUUCUAUUUGAGCGAACAUUUUUAAUUUCAAAUCUUAGGCCGAGGAAUGAAUUAUAUUAAUCAAGGAAGUCACUAGCUGGUUAGCCAAAAGCGUUAGCUAGCAGCAGUAUCUAGCUAGCUCUUUGUUUUGACUGUGAUGGUCUGAUGAUGUUGAAUAGCUUGGACAGCUGAUGGAUCUCGAGCUAAUGUUUAUAUGAACAUGUAUAUUAUGUUUUACUGGGUUGUUAAAUAGUAUUUAAUGUGUAAUAACAUUACUUCAACGAGGGGAAUAUACAUUUGGUUGUAAACGAACAAUAGCAAGUUUACAAGCUAGCUAAACAACGAGGGACUGAGAAGUGGACAUGGGCAAUUGUCUCAAAUCGCCGACGUCCGACGAUAUAUCUUUGCUUCACGAAUCCCAGUCUGACAGAGCAAGUUAUGGGGAGGCAGACCCAGAUUUGGAGCCACCUCCGCCUUACCAGGAGGAGACCCACAUGCCGGUGUACCACCCCACCCCCAGCCAGGCCCGCCUGGCCAGCCAGCUGACUGAGGAGGAGCAGGUCCGUAUCGCCCAGCGUAUCGGCCUCAUCCAGCACCUCCCCCGGGGUGUCUACGACGGAGGACGGGACGGCUCCGAGAAGAAAAUCCGAGAGUGUGUGAUAUGUAUGAUGGACUUUGUGUACGGGGACCCCAUCCGGUUUCUGCCCUGUAUGCACAUCUACCACAUGGACUGUAUAGACGACUGGCUGAUGAGGUCCUUCACCUGUCCCUCCUGCAUGGAGCCUGUAGACGCCGCCCUGCUCUCCACUUACGAGACCAACUGACCACUGACCCUAAAUACAACACUACCCCCUUCUGCCGAGCUCUGCCUUGCCACCCCCCUUACAAACACACGCACACAUACACACACACUUCCACCAGCCCCAAUAAACACACACAUGCUGCCCCCUUCCCCUCUGCUUUUUACCUUGGGAUAAGGAGCAGCACAGUGUCUUGGUCGGUGAUGACAUACGAGAGAGAGACUAUGGAAACACUAGUGAUUAACAAUGAAAAGACUUGGACCCAUCCACCCAUCACCUGGAACUGGCUCUGAACUGGAACUGGCUCUGAACUGGAACUGGCUCAGAAUUGGAACUGGUUCAGAACUGGAACUAGCUUUGAACUGGAACUGGUUCAGAACUGGAACUGGCUCUGAACUUGAACUGGAACUGGCUCAGAACUGGAACUGGUUCAGAACUGGAACUGGCUUUGAACUGGAACUGGUUCAGAACUGGAACUGGCUCUGAACUUGAACUGGAACUGGCUCAGAACUGGAACUGGUUCAGAACUGGAACUGGUUCAGAACUGGAACUGGCUUUGAACUGGAACUGGAACUGGCUCUGAACUGGAACUGGAACUUGCUCUGAACUGUCUCUGAAUUGUCUCUGAACUGAACUGUCUCUGAACUGGCUCUGAACUGAACUGCCUCUUAACUGAAACUGGCUCUGAACUGGAGCUGGCACUGGAACUGGCUCUGAACUGAACUGGCUCUGAACUGGCUGAGUCAUGGUCUGACUGAAAGAAGGCAACUGUCUACAUAGGAGGACAAGCAGGCAUAAUAUGUGCGUCUGUGGUGGACUGGAUUCCUGAGUCAGCUGUUGAAUACAGUACUAGGAUUGGGUUGGUGAUGUUAUGGUCAGAAGGGGGAGGGGCUGUUACUGUAGUGAUGGCUCACUGCAUUUCCACUUGAGCAGGUCUCGGUGGCAUCCCAUCCCAGCCAAUCAUUAUUCACCAUGAUUAGUAGCUGGGAAUGGGAUUAGAUCAUUUUCUGUCAUCUGAAUUUGGUCACCAGGAGGUAUCCUAUAAGAUUCCUUUGGAACCCACAGCUGGCAACAACAAGACAAUAACAUGACUCAUCAGUCUUCUAAAGUCUCAAAAUCCUGCACUCUGAAUAUGACUUAGUAAUGUCAAAACAGCCCCAGGAAAGCUGGCAUGGUGGCGCAAUAAUGGUUAUCUCUCUACGGACUGAAGCGCACCCUGUUUUAGUGUUUCAAAAUAAAAUAAGUUACCGAGCAUAGUCUCCUUUUAGGAUUACAACAAAAACAAUUAUAGUAUGCACAUACACAGUGCAGAAAUCACCCAAAGCCCAUCCUCUAUUAGACUAUGAUAUGUUUAAUGGAGAAACACAUACACUACCGUUCAAAGGUUUGGGGUCACCUAGAAAUGUCCUUGUUUUUGAAAGAAAAGCAACAUUUUUGUCCAUUAAAAGAACAUCAAAUUGAUCAGAAAUACAGUGUAGACAUGGUUAAUGUUGUAAAUUACUAUUGUAGCUGGAAAAGGCUGAUUUUUAGGCAUACAGAGGCCCAUUAUCAGCAACCAUCACUCCUGUGUUCCAAUGGCACGUUGUGUUAGCUAAUUCAAGUUUAUAAUUUUAAAAGGCUAAUUGAUCAUUAGAAAACCUUUUUGCAAUUAUGUUAGCACAGCUGAAAACUGUUGUUCUGAUUAAAGAAGCAAUAAAACUGGCCUUCUUUAGACUAGUUCAGUAUCUGGAGCAUCAGCAUUUGUGGGUUCGAUUACAGGCUCAAAAUGGCCAGAAACAAAGACCUUUCUUCUAAAACUUGUCAGUCUAUUCUUGUUCUGAGAAAUGAAGGCUAUUCCAUGCGAGAAAUUUCCAAGAAACUGAAGAUCUCGUACAAUGCUGUGUACUACUCCCUUCACAGAACAGCGCAAACUGGCUCUAACCAGAAUAGAAAGAGGAGUGGGAGGCCCCGGUGUACAACUGAGCAAGAGGACAAGUACAUUAGGGUGUCUAGUUUGAGAAACAGACGCCUCACCAGUCCUCAACUGGCAACUGUCUCAUCAUCAACAGUGAAGAAGCUACUCUGGGAUUCUGAUCAAUUUGAUGUUAUUUUAAUGGACACAUUUGAUUCUUUUUUUUUUCAAAAACAAGAACAUUUCUAAGUGACCCCAAACUUUUGAACAUUAGUGUACAUCCAUUACCUUUUGUUUUGUCUUUCAGAUUGACCAUUCUAAAUGGCUCCACUGCCAUUCCAAAUGGCCUGAAGAAGUGGAUGAGCUAUAUGUCAAUCACUCUUGUGUAAGGUUUAUAGGUUUUACAAUAAGAGGAGUAGCAUAGCUGUCAGACAAUGUAAAGGGCUCAUUUGUGCGUGUGCAGGAGGAUCUGUCUAAAAGUUAGGAAUGCUUGCACACACGUUAAUCUGAUCCUAAGAUUUGCACUUUACUUAUAGGACAAUAACGGAAGCAUUAUAUUAAUAUAUAUAUACCUAUAACCUUGCACUUUUCAAUAUUGUUUCUUCUUUUCGCAGCACAGAAGUUAAGAUUGAUAUUGAUAAUGCUGUCAAUGCUACCAUUGGUCACGUAUCAAGUUGAAGUAAAGCUCAAUAGCUGAAUAUGUAUUCAUGAGUUGUGUGAUUCAGUAGUGUGCACCUGCUUUGUUUUGCUUGUCUUGAUUCUAGUGUGUGUUUUUGUGUGGAAGUGACUGCGUGAAGGGGACAGAGGUUUGCUUUGUCUCGAAUGAGACAAUAUGGAAUAGAAGAAUAUUUCUUCCCUUAAGUACUUAUUAGUUUACUUACCUAUAUUUUCAAUCCCACAGUCAUCAUUGUGCAAUUUUCUUUCUUGCUGUAAAAAAACAAAUAAAAAACUAGGCCAGCAUUUUCUUUGCUUUUUUAGUUUUGUUUGUAGCGAAGUAGCAUUGCAGUGAAUUAUUUCCAUUACAUUUUUUGUUUAUAUAAUAGUGAUACCCUUUUCUGUAUUGAUGUUUGUGUAUCUCCUACCUUUUAGAGGUAUUGUUUGUCAUUGUGUUUGUGGGAGAUAAAUAUUUCCCAUUAGAGUUUACACUGGCUUGAGAAUGCAUUUGCAAACCUCUGUCCCAAAGAUAUUUGUAAGAGGGGGAAGAUUUCUCUCAUGGUUUCACGGUGACAUUAAAAGACAACACACGUGUUUCAAUUAUUAGCUUUGUUUUGCAUUGUUUUUCAGGAUUCUGAAAAUAAAUGUCAUCUCCUGUAAUCUUGGUUUUUGAAAGGCCAACCAUCCCUCAUAUUGAAGCUGUAAAAAAAUGUAAAUAAACAAGAAAGCACA